CCGCUGCCGCUGCUGCGCCUCCCGCGUGGCCUCUGGCGGGGGGAGGGGCGUCGUGCAGACACAGUGACCGUCUGAUGCAAAGACCCUCUCCCCGAAUGGUGAGGCUUCGGGGAGAGGGUGGAAGCAGGGGUGGUCGGAGCGAGGCAGGGCGCAGCAUAGAAGAUGGAGUCAUGCAAGCCCGAUGCCAAACCUGUACAAGCAAAGGAGAAGGUGAGCGCAACAGAUCGUCAACACUCACCAGCAAUGCCCUGAGAAGCUAGGCAGAAGCCUGCGCACUUGCAGCUCGAUGAUUGCGUCUGAACAGCCAGUCACGGGCACGCCGACUGCUCCGAGGGAGCAGGAGGGGCGAGGGAGCAGGAAGGAGCAAAGGGGAAGGAGGAGCGAGGGCUGCCCUUCUCGCUCCGCGCAAGGGGGCGGGGUCUCAGGUCCGCUGGUCGAUGCACCGUGCGCGUACGUGUUCGGACGCGCCUCCGCCGGCUGCGCAGCCAGUCCGAGCGUUCUUGAGACGCUGUGCAGGCGAGAGCGCGAGCGCGAGGGAGGACGAGGGAAGGGGUGGGAAUGGAGGAUGAGGGCGGAGGAGUGGCAGGAAGCGAACGGCCCUCCCGUCCGCCCACUCCUGCCUUCCUCCUCCAACUCCUCCUUCCAGGCUCGCUGCAGGCUGUAGGCUCAAGGGGUACCUACACCUACCAGGAUGAGGCGGCCAUCACAACCAAACUGCAUGCUGUGGGAUCGUGAAAGCCUGUGAUUGUUUUCCACCCCGAUCGAAUCGCAAACUGAGGGCAUCGAAGCCCUGCGACCGGGCCAAGCGCUCACCACUUGCGCUCCCAGCGGGCGCCGCUUUCCCACAUGACGGUCUGGUUCGGCAGCAUCUGGCCCUCGGGGAACGGCGGCUCCACCAGCACCCUGGUGCCGCGCACGACACCCUUCUUCUGGUACGUCUCGCCGCUCUUCUUCUUCAGCUGAAAGGAGAUCGAGCACUUGUCCUGCUUCACUUGGAACAGCUCACCGUGCGCGUCCGAGAACCACUUCUCGCCGCCGAGGUCGGCGCAGCCGGACUUGGCGAUCGCAGCGUCGAGCUCCGCCGCGCGCGUACGCUCCAUCUGCCGCCUGCGGGCGCCCUUGGGGCGAUCCUCCUCCGAGUCCAGGGCGCUGACCUGCACGAAAGCGAGUGCCAUCAGCAUCACCGCCAGCACGCGCGCCAUCGCUCGGCUGAGUGUACGGCAAAGGGGGUCGUUAAUGUAGCAGCGGAAUGGAAUGGUUGGCAAGCACCUUGAUCCAAGAUGGCAACGGACGCCUUGAAAAACCUGUCAUGAUGAACCCUUGGAAGGGUCCUGGGACCAGCGCUGGCCUGGCGGGCCGCCUACUCUUCGCGCA